AUGGCUCCCCCAUCCAACGACAAGUUCCCCAAGCCCAUCCCCCUCGAGGUGUCUGUCUACGGUACCGAUAACGGCAUCCAGGCAUCAAAGUAUGGAGCCAAGCGUCUCCUUCUCAGCCACAAGGGUUCUCAGUCUGAUGGCGGCCUCACUCCAACUGUCCAAGAGCUUCGAGGGCUCAAAAACAACGUCUUCAUCCCCAUCAACUGCACCAUCCGGCCUCGCGCCGCUCCGAAGCCGGGCCUCGGCGAACAACAAGACUACAUCUACACCAACCAGGAAUUUUCUCAGAUGUGCGACGCUAUCCGCGAGCUUAAGCAAGCCGGCGUCAUGAAUCCCAUCCGCGGUGACUCUUUUGUCUUCGGUUGCCUCCGACGCAACGACAACAGGAGCGUUCAGGAUAGGAACAAGAUUGUCGUUGACCGUUCAUACUGCCGUCACCUCAUCGAGAUAGCCAAGCCCUUUCCGUGCACCUUCAACCGCGCCUUUGACCACUUCUUCGAAACGGGUGAGUGGAGAGAUGCCCUCCAUCAGAUCAACAUGCUCGGUUUCAAGGGUGUCAUGACGGGUGGUGGCUACGGCUACUUCAACACCCACGUCGAACGCCUGAUAUCCAUGUGCGACCGUCUUGAUGAGAUGCAACUCGUCAUUGCCGGAGGUGUUGCUUGCCGUGAGGUUCAGAAGUUGCGCAGAGACACCCACGGCGUCAAUGUCCACACCAUCUGGAUGAACGCCGAGUGUCUCCGCCCCGAGGACCACGACGACCCCGAGACCGCCGAUGUCAACGGUGUUAUGGGUCUGGUCGACCAACUUGGCCUCGACGCUGAGGACUAG